UCCUUUUCCUGCCACUAAAGCAAAAGUCAAGUUCUAAUGUCCCUCGCUGCUACCCGUCCGUACAAUAACGUUCAGUACUAGAAAUGGCCGAAGCCCCUCCACGGUCCAGCCGGUUUUUUUGUCACCGGUGUUCAGCAGAGAUCUCUCCCCGUUUACCGGACUACACAUGCCCACGCUGUGAGUCUGGGUUUAUUGAAGAACUUACGGAGGAAACAAGCAGCUCAGAAAAUGGGUCUGCAUCCACAUCCUCUGCCAAUGAUCAGAACCGCUCCAGCUUUGAGAACAUGGAUCAUCAUCAUUUGUUCACAUUUCCCUCGGGAUACGGCCCAUUCGCCCUGGGGAUUUUCGACGAAAACUUUGACCUUCGAUCGAGAUUAUCCACAGAGGACAACCGUGAGGUAGAGAACAGACGAGAAAGGGAAAUGGCUUCGCGCCAGCGAUACAGUGCCAGGCAGCCACGGGGUCGACAUGUUCCUCGCAGACAGGGGUCGCGGCACGAAGGAGUGCCCACAUUGGAGGGAAUCAUCCAGCAGCUAGUUAAUGGAAUCAUAGCACCUACAGCCAUGCCAAAUCUCGGGAUGGGACCUUGGGGUAUGCUACAUUCAAAUCCAAUGGACUAUGCCUGGGGAGCUAAUGGACUGGAUGCUAUCAUUACACAGUUAUUGAACCAGUUUGAAAACACUGGUCCGCCGCCAGCUGACAGAGAAAGAAUAAAGAGUUUACCAACCAUUUCCAUUACACAAGAACACGUCAGUGCUGGUUUAGAGUGUCCUGUCUGCAAAGAAGACUACAGUGUUGAUGAGAAUGUUAGGCAACUACCAUGCAAUCAUUUGUUUCACAAUGAUUGUAUAGUACCAUGGCUGGAGCAGCACGACACGUGUCCCGUGUGCAGGAAGAGCCUUAGUGGACAGAACACAGCCACAGACCCACCGGUGUUAUCAGGAAUCAACUUCUCUCCACCUUCAUCCUCCUCCUCUUCCUCACCAAGCUCACCUAGCAACGAAAAUGCAACCAACAACUCCUAGGUCCCCCCCCCCAUACUUCUUCACAUCUGAGCACCGCAGCCCGCUGAGAACCAUCAGCUCCUUUCUGCAGCUGAGACCAUUACAGGUUUAUGUCUCAAUUCUUGGGGACAAAAACUCUCAUUUCUUUGUCUUCAUUCCUCCCCUCUGCCGAAAGGAUGCUGGGUCCAACCGCUGCUGCUAUUGUUACCUAGUGUACGAGGAGUGAACAACAAAUGUGAAAAAAUAUAUUCAAGGACGAGAGAAGAAGCAGUAUAGAACCGGAGUGGACUGCAUUUUGCUGGAAAAACAUCCUCGUUAUAAGGUGUGGACACAUUUUAGAUUAAAAAAGAAGAAGAACCCAAAAUGCUUUAUAAAAAAAUGCCUGUGGUGGUUGACUAUAUGUUUAUAUUGGAAAUUCUUUAAAAGAAAUGUCAGCUACUUUCACCUGAUUGAUCAUGCAUAAAACCUCUUGGGGAGGGUGGCUGGUUGUGUGACAGAUUUUAAUUUAUUUGCCUUUUUUUUUGCACAAGGUUUGAUCUGAGGGUGAGAAAGUGAAUUUGGAUAAACUACUGUACAAAAUCAAGCCUUUUUUUUCUGUUAUAUUUCAGGAUGUUUUCCCCAUUUUUCUUUUAUCCAUUUAAUAAGAGCUCACUUGUGUAUUUGCUGUAUUUUGAUCUUGGUAGGGAUGGUUUCAGCUUAAAGGUGAACACAGUUUUUAUUUUUUUAGUGAAAAAAAAACAUACAGCCGUGUGUGUUCACUGAAAACCAACUUAAACAAUGUAAGUUAUUGAAGAAAAAGGGAAAUGAAAUGGCAUGGGAUCAUUUUACCUCUAUGGAACUGGCCAAAUGAGUUUCACAAAAUGAGUGUUAUUUUAUUUGCUGAAUUUUUGUACAGUCACAAUAAAGUCCUUAAAACAACA